AUGGUUCAAGUAUAGGUAUCAUAAUUCUUAUAACUGAUUUGAUUAAAUUGUUUAUGUUUCAAUUAUUCUUCAUAUGAAACAAGGCAGGGCAGACAGAAGAAAGCAAACAUUUUUCAGAGGUUUUUAGAGUGGAGACGUUAUAACCGGAUGAAAACAAAACUUCAAGGCGACCUGAUUAAAUUCUACAGAAAAAGGUGUAGUUCAAUACCUCUCUCACCGCUUCUUGAAGAAAUAGAGACACCUCUAGCUGGGUUCUACGUCAUGCCAGAUAUAGUCACUGUAAAAAAGAAGUCCCUAACUUGUCAUGAAGAGGAGAGAACACCGAUCAAGUCUUUGAAAGACCUGUUUUCAACCGGAAGUCGAGAUCAACAAGAAAUUUAUCUAUCAGCUGAUGCAGGCUUUGGAAAAACUGCUUUCUCAAAAUAUCUUGCAGUCACGUGGUGUCAAGCUCAUUGUCACGAUGAAAACUACGCCUGCUUUAAAAAGGGCGAGUUAAAAACGUUAUUUGACUUCAAGUUCUUAUUUUUGGUUUUAUUAAGAGACUGUACCUCUGUUUGCAACAUUGACGAUAUGAUUAAACAGCAAAUUACGACGAAACUUCCUACUUCUGCAAUACUAGAUGAAGUUUUACGUAGAGAAAAGUGCUUGAUUAUAAUGGACGGUCUUGAUGAAUGGAAUCACCCUGAUAAUAGCUGUAGCGAAGUAACAGAAAAAAUCCCACAUCGAUACGUACGUGAUAAUUGUGUUAUCCUUACGACAACUCGACCGUGGAAACUCGGAGUCGCAAAUCUCAAAACAAGUCAAAUAAACAAAAAAGUAGAAUUGGUUCAAUUAAGUGCAGAUUCUACGCGGCAACUUGAAGAAAAUGCUAUAAGAAAAAUGACCGGUGUCCGUGACGAUAGAGUACUGGAGAGUAAAAGACGGGACUUUAAUAAAGUGAUACGUGACCGUCGCCUAGAGCACAUGCAAGUGAUUCCACUCCUCCUCAUGUAUAUAGUUUGCCUGUGGUGCAACAACAUUCCUAUAGGAAAUUCAAAACAUGAAAUUUACACAAAUAUCAUUGAAUUUCUAUUAUCGAGAACGUCAAAGAAACACCCGGAAGUUCAACCAUCUCGUGAAUCGUCUGCCAGUGAAAUUCCAGAAUACUUCAAAAGUCAUGAAUUUUGUAAAAAGUUUUACAGUCUUAUAACAUCAUUAGCAGAACUAGCUUACCAAACAUUAUUUAACAAAAACAGAGAAAACACGCUGGUAUUUGAUAGAAUGGUUGCUGAUAUAUAUCUCAAAGCAGACGACAUGAAAUUAAGUCUUCUCUCAGGAAUAUUGUCAGAAAGUAGAAGUAAAACUUUAAUUAAAGAAAUUAGUAAAGUAUCGUUUUCUCACAAAACAGUGCAAGAAUUCUUUGCCGCCAUAUUUAUAAGUUCUCAAAGUGACGCGCAGAAAACUGUUGUAGAAAAUUGUAGAAAUGUUCAAGAUAUUCUGGACAUGUCAAAAAUUUGUGAAUUUAUAAGUGGAAUGAAUGCUGACCGGAUGUGUGAAAUAUCAAAUGAUUGGAUGUCUGUGAUAAAUGAAGACGAGAAAACACGCGACUAUAGAACUAGGACAGGUGACGGGUACAUGUACAAUACUCCAUUGUAUAACAUACAGAAAAUGUUCAUGUCGUGUUUACAAGAAAUGCCUGAAAGUGAAAAUAUUCAAUUAUGUUUACAAGAUUUCUUCAUUGACGAGGACACCGAGGACAGUAAGCUGUUACAACGUUUAUUAAAACAAAAUAAAACCAACAUAAAAUCACUUUAUAUAUACACCAGGAGAAAUACUUCCAGCAGUUUACGUGAAAUUAUAGAUUUAUUCUCUCUCACAGAUCUCAGUCAUAUACAGAAACUUUACUAUAGUGGUGGCCAGGAGAAGGAGGCUGAGAUAAGCCGGAUUUUGUUUCCCAGUUUACAGUACGUUACUUUGUACCGGGGUACAUGGAUAAAUGAUGAAGAAAAUCUGAGUGAAAAUUUAGCGCGAGUACAAAACUUACAAUAUUUAUAUAUUCAAACUUCACGUUAUCUCACAAAAUACUGGAAACAUUUUACAAUUUUAUCUCCGCUCAAAAAUCAAUGAAAGAGUUAACAUUGACUGGUUAGACUGUAAAGAACAUGGCCGCCAUGAUUGUAAGAGAUUGAUGAACUUGGACUUGUCUCAACAUUCAACUCUAUCAAAGUUAGACUUGUCGUGGUUACCUGGGAGGCUACAAUUAAAUAUAACAACACCGUCAUUAGUUGAUGUUACGUUGUACGACAUCAAUCUAGAUGAUGUAAGUUCAUUGUUACUGUCACGUGACAUGUUGAAUAUUGAACGUGUGGUGUUGAGGAAGAUAGAAAUGUCUGCAGAAAGUUUACAGAACUUUUUAUCCCGUGCUGAAAAAUCUGCCGCAGUCAGUUACAGUAGAGAUGAGACGACAUUAAACCGGAAACAGAAUAUGACCGUGUUAGAGAAAAUAUUCGGAGUUCACAAACUUUUCAUGUGAUACAAAGAGACGACGACGACUUGGUUUGAGUUCAAAACAAUAAAACCAAGUAAAGAAUAAACAAAGGAAAAACAUUGUGAAAUAAACUAAUGAAAUGACUUCAAUAAUUUUAAAUGAAAACAAUUUAAAUAUGGACACUUAAAAAACAAAAUGGCGGUUUCUUCUACGUUAUACAUGUACUGUAUAGUUUGGUCAUUUAAUUCACAAACAUUUAUUUCUGUUUAAAGUUUAAUUAAGUGACAGUUGUUAUAUAAAUAAAUAAAUAAAAACAUUUUAAGAGGAGAAAUAAUUCAAGGACAUUUUUUACCGGAACUUAAUGGAUAACUUGGAAUAAGGAUUUGGAAAUAUUUUACAGUGGCCUAAUGGAUCAAAAUUUCCGAUUCUUUGUUGUGCAGAAUCUCCCAUGACAUUUAUAUGGAGCAUUGUGUGAUGAUUAUAGAUCAAUUUGUAGAUUUGUAUUUGAAAAACUUCCCAUUGUCUUGAAUUUCAGUAAUAAUAAACCUACACGGACAAUGAGGACAAUCACAACUGUUUUUUAUCCAUCAAUCUCCGGAUGAUUAUCAGUGGGAUGUUCUGAAUGACAAAGAAAGAUGUUCAAGUUCUUCAAUAGUUCGAUAUUAUGAUUUCACACCUGAUACCUGGCUGUAUGGGGACAGACAUGAAUUAAAUUUGUGAUUAACAGUACCAGAAAAAUCCCCAACCAUCAUUACUUGCCAAUGCAUUGAAUAACAUUCUGGUUCCUGGCUUAAUGGAAACAUGAAAAGAAAACUUUUGCAUCAAACAGAUAUCUGUUUUGUACAAUUAGAAUUUGAAUCUCAAAGGAAAUUACAUCAAAACCACUGUCAAAUAUUUCAGUAUUCCUUUAAAUAAACUUUGUGUUAAAAAGAUAAUUGAAAUAAUUUGAUUUAAUUAGAUAUACAGUACAUGUAUAAGUCUGUUUCUGCAAUUUAAGACUGAUAUUAUAUAUCAAGAAUUGUUAAAUUAAUUUUUAUUGAAGGCCUAUUACACUUUAGAAUUUCUAUCAGUUUUAUUUCAUUUUUUCAAUACUUUUUAGUCCCCUACCGGUUUACCGGAGGGGACUUUAGGUUUACCCUCCGUCCGUCUGUCCGUCCAUCUGUCCGUCCGUCCGUCUGUCAGUCCGUCAGUCCGUCCACAAAACUGGAUCCCGCGAUAACUUGAAAAGUACUGAAAAUAUUUUAAUGAAACUUGGUAUAUGGAUAGAUGGCAGUAUGGAGAUUAUGCACGUCUUUUUAUUUUCUUCCUAUGUUGAAAAUUCUGGUUGCUAUGGCAACAAAUAGGCUGAAAAUAUGGCAAAUUUUACACAUAAACUGGAUCCAGUGAUAACGCAAAAAGUACUGGAAAUAUUUUUAUGAAACUUUACAUAUGGGUAGAUAGCAGUCUUUAGAUUAUGCAUGCUUUAUCUGUUCUUCCUAUUUUGAAAAAAUAUCAGUUGCCUUGGCAACAAAUAGGCUUAAAACAUGGCAAUAUAACAAUAUUUGUGAUUAGUCAAAAAGAGCUGAACAUUUUUAUGAAAUUGCAUCUUUAAUUCAAGAGUUAUCUCCUCUUUAAGAAUUUUGCUUUUAAAAUGGUAUAUUUUGGUAACAGGGAUGUUUCAAAUAUUAACUUUAGAGUGUCUUUCAGUCCGUCUGUCUGUCUGUUCAUAAAAACUGUAUCCUGUGAUCACUUUUAAAGAACUUUUCCAACAAAUUUUCUUAAAAUAGAGAAAAAUUGAAACAUUAGUGAAUGGCCAAUGGCCCUUCAGAAUGUUGAUGGGGUUCUAACCGGUAGGGGACUUAUGGAUUGCUUGCAAUACUAUGAUAAUUGCUUGUUAUUUUAGUAAUCGUGUUACAGUUUCCAAAAUUAAAUCCUAUUGCCAAUUAUACAUAAUUUCUCUAAUGCUGAUUUUGUUAUGUUGGCAAUUGCUAUAAUUUAAGUUAAUUAAUAUUAGAUUUCACUGAGUUAACACCAGAUGCAAUAUUUUCAUGAGUGGCGUAAAAGCCACGAGUGAAAAUAUAAUAGCUGGUGUUCACGAAUGAAAUAUAUAUUUCAAUCUUAUUUGUAAAACUAAUAAUUUUUCUUUUUAUUUCAUGCUUUUUAAGUGAUGUUUAGUAUUUUUUACUGAUUUUGCCAGGCAAUGUGGCACAUUCUCCUUUAUGACGUCAUAAUAUCAUGACGUCACAUCAUCAAUUUUGAAAUAUAGUUCUGUUAAAUUUCUCUAAUUUUGUUACCUUUUUAAAAUGAUGUACAACUUCCUUUCCCUAAAGAAGCAAAAUUUACAUAUGAGUUACCGCUUUUAUUUUUGCCCGUUAUUCCAGUUAGUUAUGAUAUAAUCAUAUUCUUUUCAUCCGCAUUCAGAUAUAGUCCGGCUACAGUGAAAAUUAUAUUUUAUAAAUUUCACUAGUAGUUUAUCAGAAUACAAUUAUCUGAUAUAUUACAGUAAACACUGGAAAGCAUGAAAUAAAAAAAACAAUAUAUAAUUUAAACCACUUAUUCUAGUAUUAUAUGUAUUACAAAUGUAUAGUUUUGUAAAUAGUUUUUGAAGUGUGUAUGAUAUUUACAUAUACAGUUUCGCUCUUCUUUUUAAUAAUUCAGUUUUCUCAGAACAAAAUUUAUGUCCACAUAACAUUUUUUUUAUUUUGGCGAUACACGGAAAUUAUGUAUAUGAAGAUACAUUAUGAUUCUGACAGGUUAAAUUGCCCAAUAUUACAAACUUUAAGUAUGUAACCAAAGUCACAAGGUGUUGGUUAUAUAACGAACAACAUUUCAUGCACGGCCAUAUAUAACAUUUCAUAAGUCUUUAUAACCAAAUUUUGAUAUUGUUCUCAUGCUCUCUUUGCUUCGAAACAUUAAAUGAUAAUUUGCAGUGUAUAUUCUUAGUUAUAAAGAUUCUGAAUUUGUUAUGGCUGUUGGCAUAUAUAACCCGAGCUGCUAGGUGAGGAUUAUAUUGCUUACAACUGUUUACAUAUGGCCAUAUUACCUGUGAAGAAUCUGAUAAUGAAUUUACAAUGGAGCAAAAUUCCUUCAUGACAGAAAAAUAAAGAAUUUAUAAAUUGACAGAGAAGUGUAUAUAAUUAUUUAUAAAUGUCAUGAUUAUCGUCAUGAAAAGUGAAGUUUCAAGUGUGCAGUAUUAUUGAAUUCAACUGUAUAUUUGUGUUACCAUUGAUUUAUUUAAGCUAGUGUAUGAUUUAUCUUAUUUGUAAAUAAUCAAUUUUUGGAGUGAUAUCACUUUAAAGCUGCAUGCCUCAUAGAUAAGGACUACUAUAGAAUAUUGUACAUUUUGGAGAUAAAUUUGAUAACAAUGUUGGCAGGCUCGAGUAUUUUAAUGACAAUACAGAGUGCACUUCUGAACAAUAGCAUUCGCAAUAUCAAAUUGCACAUUUUUUCUAAACUGUCAAUAUAUAUUUAUAAUGGAUAGAUAUAAUACGAAUCAUCUAAGCAUGCUUUUCAAACAGCAUGCCUCCCGAUUCUUUGAAAAUUUGGAAGAUGUAUUGAAAAGUAAAAUAUUGUGAAGUGAACAAAGAAAGUAAUUGACACAUUGCAAACGAUGCUUACAAUUUUAUAUAAUUCACAUAAAUUACCAAAAAGAAGUCAAAAUAUGUUGUUUAGAUACCCCUUUCUAUUUUAGUAUAGCGAUGUUUUCAUUAUUUAAAUUAGUCAUUAAUCUUACAAAACAUGUAAACAAAAACCAAUCAAAAACAUGUAAAUUACAUAAUUAUUAAUUGAGUCAUAAAUCUUUUUACUUUUCUUAAAGUGUGUGUACAUUUUUCUCAAGUUUGAUUUUAUUUAACUAUUUUAGCUCAUCUUGAGGCAUGCAGCUUUAGAGCUGAAUGGAUUUUUUAUUGGAAUUUGUGUAUAUAGAUAUGCUUACUGUAUAAAUUUAUUUUGGAAUUUGUGUAUAUAGAUAUGCUUAUUGUAAAAAUUUCUCUACAUAUCUUUAUAGAAUGUAAAAUAAUAUGAGGAAAUUUUUGGGUUUAAGUGAAAUAUUUAAUAUAUUUUCAAGAAACAUGAUAAGGGGUUUGAAUUCAAUACACAAUUUAUCACAGCCAUAACUGUCUUGAAAAGACAAAAACGUUAAGAAAUAAUUUGUGAUGAUGAAAUGAAUAGCUGAAGAUAGUCUUUGCAAAAAAGAAACAUCUUAGAAAGUAGUAACUUUCAUAUUUAUUUUUUAUAUUUUUUUUUCACAAAUAUGAUAUAUAUUUGGCUGAUAUAGCACCAUAUUUCAUGGAUAAAAUUAAAUAAAUUCUUUUAUUUUUCCUAAUACUGGAAAUUAUUAAAGCGACACGCCUCCAGUUUAUAUAAAUUAACCCCUUAAAAAUGGCCCCCAUUCUUAUCUGGAGUGUGAUACAUAUUUACUUAAUGUUUUUGAAAUACAGAUUGUAUAUGAUAAUUUUUUGAAACUUUAUUGGUUGAUACAAUCCAUUGAGAAUUUGAGCGCAGUGCACAAAAAUGAUAUUUCUUCCCAUCAUAAUUUUUAAUUAUUUCCAUUUUUGUUUUGAAAGUGUCCGUAAUUUUCAUUUAAAGUUUGUCUUCUCUUCAUAGUGUAACACAAAAUGUAUUUGAGAUGUGGACUGGAAACUUCAGAAGUAUUUUGGUUCUAUAUGAAUUUAGAUGUCCUGUAAAUUUCAAUGAUGAUAUUUGUUUUGAAAAUGUCCUUUGUUGUCAUUUAUAGUUUGUGUUUUCUUAGAACACAAACUGUUUUUGACGUAUAGACAUGAAACUAAAAUCAAUGAUGAUUUCUGUUUUGAAAGUGUCCUUUCUUUCAUUUAUAGUUUAUUUUAUAACAUAAUUAUGUUAUAUAAUCAUGUAUAUUUGCAUGCCAUACUACCAGUCUUACAGUUUCGUUUCGGUAAGACUGAUUAAAUAUGGGAUUAUUGGUAUAAUAGGAAUUUAUAUGAUAUAAUCUAUGUCUCUUGCCUCAAUAGUGAGGUAAGAUAAACUUAUUUAGUUUAAUAAUUGAGCCGUGUCAUGACAAAACCAACAUAAUGGGUUUGCGACCAGCAUGGAUCCAGACCAGCCUGCGCAUCCGCGCAGUCUGAUCAGGAUCCAUGCUGUUCGCUAUCAGUUUCUCUACUUGUAAUAGAGUCGGUAAGCGAACAGCAUGGAUCCUGAUCAGACUGCGCGGAUGCGCAGGCUGGUCUUGAUUCAUGCUGGUCGCAAACCCAUUAUGUUGGUUUUGUCAUGACACGGCUCAAUUUAUGUAAUGUAGUGAAAAUUUAUUAUGUAAACUUAUUUAGUUUAAUAAUUUAUGUAAUGUAGUGAAAAUUUAUUAUGUUUGUUGUCAACCUACUUCAUAGAUUAAUAUGGUAAAUUAUAUCAUUUUUUGGGUAGCUAAACAUUUCCAGAACAGAACAUUUAAUUCAUGCAAUCAUUUUAACUAAUAAGAAGUAUGUGAGAGUAAGACAAACAUAAAUUAAUAUUUGCAUUAUUCUACGUUUUUACGAAUAAGUUGUUAUUAUGAACUUCUCCAGUAAAGUCAUAAUGAUAUUGUGAUAAUGUUUUGUAUGUUAACAUAUGCACUGUUCGUUAUCUUGUAAAUAUGCUGUAUUAUGUCAUCAUGGGCUUAUAAGCCAUAUUUGAUUGAAAUAAAUUGUUUGUCUGUCUUUCUUUGUAUAAUACAAAAUGAAUUUGAGAUACAUAAAUUUUUAAAAAGGAGAAGUUUAGUGGGCAAGAAUGAAAAUUUAUCAAUUGCAUUUAUUUUUAAUUCACUUUGAAAUUUGUCAUGCUUAACCAUUUUGUUAUAAUUUUCAUGUUUUUAGCUCACCUGAGCAUAUGCUCAGGGUGAGCUAUUAGGAUCACUCUUCUUCCGUCGUCUGUCGUCAGUUGUCCGUUCACACUUUUAAAACGACAUCUCCUCUGAAACCAUAAGGCAGAUCAUAAUGAAACUUCACAGGGAUGUUCCUUGUGUGAAGCUUUAACAAAGUUGUUCAAAGAAUUCCAUUCCAUGCAGAACUCUGGUUACCGUGGCAACCGAAAGAAAAAACUUAAAAUAUCUUCUUUUAGAAAACCACAAGAGCUAAAGCUAAAAUAUUUGGCAUGAAACAUCACCUAGUCAGUGUCUACCAAGUAUGUUCAAAUAAAUGCCCUGGGGUCAAAAUUGGCCCUGCCCCGGGGGUCAUUGAUUUUCCUGAUUUGUAUAUAGUAAAAACUUAAAAAAUCUUCUUUUAAAAACCCCAAAUUAUGAAAUAGCUAGAGCUUAAAUAUUAAGCAUGAAACAUCUUCUAGUGGGUGUCUACCAAGUUUGUUCAAAUAAAUGCCCUGGGGUCAAAUUGGCCCUGUCCCAGGGGGCAUUGAAUUUCCUUAUUUGUAUAAUAUAGCAAAAACUUAAAAUAUCUUCUUUUAGAAAACCGCAAGAGCUAAAGCUUAAAUAUUUGGCAUGAAACAUCUUCUAGUUGGUGUCUACCAAGUUUGUUCAAAUAAAUGCCCUGGGGUCAAAAUUGGCCCUGCCCCGGGGGUCAUUGAUUUUCCUUAUUUGUAUAUAGUAAAAACUUAAAAUAUCUUCUUUUAGAAAACUGCAAGAGCUAGAGCUUAAAUAUUUGGCAUGAAACAUCACCUAGUCAGUGUCUACCAAAUCAAUGCCUUUGGGUCAAAAUUGGCCCCUCCCGGGUGGUCAUUGUUUUUUCCUAUAUGAUAUAGCGAAAACUUAAAAAUGUCUUCUUAUAAAAACACUAAAGAGUUAAAGCUUAGAUAUUUAUCAUGAAACAUCUUCUAAUGGCUGUCUACCAAGUUUGUUCAAAUACAAGUCCCUGGUUUAAAAUUGGCAUUGGCCCAGGGGUCAAUAUACAGGUGAGCGAUUUCAGGGCCAUCAUGGCCCUCUUGUAUUGUUGUACUGUUUCUCUUUUGCAUUAUUUUCAUCCAGACCUUAAUUCAUCAAAGCUUAAAAGUUAAAGUUACUAAUUUGAAACGAUUGAAUGAUUAUGCAGUUGACAAGAAUGUCAACUCUCCAUUUUAUAAUAUGAAUACUUUAUUUUUUUUCUUAACACAAUAACUCAAAACAUUAAAAUAUAACGGCUUGAAAUUUUAUGGAUGAAUAUCUCUCAUACUAGUAAAAUAGCAAAAAACGGAAUCCCUAAAGAACGCCCAAAAAAUCAAAAAUUGAUAAAAAUAUGUUAUAGACUCAGAGCUUUUAAGAUUAAAACCCUUUCAAUAUAUUGGAAUGUUAAUGCACCAGUUUUUCUAAAUUUGAUUCCGAGUGGAGCUGCUAUCACUGCCUUUUGUUUAUUUUUAUCCUGCUACUGUCUUAUGAUAUUAUCAGCUGGAAAAAGCCUUGCCGGAUAACCAUAUCUAUUUCCAGUCAGUAUGUCACAUGGUUAGGCAAUGCGUAUGAAUACCAAAUAUUUCACGGACUACUUUCUUUCAUACUUCUCCAUGCUCUGAUUUUGUCAAAUAAAAGAUAAUUAUGGCUUAUUUUAGUUUUUAUUAUGGCUUGUUUUAGUUAUGUUUCCUGUCAUAAUGAACAAUAAACAUUAUUACAUGUA